UUUGUAGUAAAGGGAGGUCGUGUAUAGUUAUAUAUCGUAUAUUAGAAUAAAAUACUUUAUUUCCGGUACUCGAAGAAUACAACCGCUACGCAGAAAGGUUUAGACCAAUAGACCUUAGGAAGCGCGCGAAAACUGUUCGUUGUCGUUCCUCUAUCCGAACUAGCCAUGGACUCUGCAAUAUUUUCUCAGCCAGAAAAAGCAAAGAUAAUUCACGUCUUCCGCAACGGUGAUAAGCGGUUUAUGGGAAAAAAUGUUGUCAUAAAUCGGAGACGAACACGGAAUUUCGAUUCAUUCCUUAAUUUCGUAACUGGAGCAAUUAGCGCACGUGUAGCCGUAAGGAGUAUUCGAACUCCCGUCGGAGGAACAACCAUAACCGAUUUGGAUCAGUUGGAAGAUUUUGCUUCGUCAGGAAAAAGCUACGUAGCAGUGGGAGGAGAGAAAUUCAGGAAAGGAAUAGAAUAUGGUAAAGCGGACACGUCACCUAAGCGUUCUCCAAGAGCAACUGAGGUGAGGCCUGUAGAACACAAUCGUUCGAUACAAGUAUCAGGAAGAUGUCGGAAAGUACCAAUAGAUAUUCUCGUUAUAUAUGUUUAUACGAAUGGUCAAGACUGGAGACCGGCGAAGAGAAUCAACGUAAAUUCGCAUUUAAAGCGUAAUUUUACUUCAGUUUUGAGUGAAAUAACGGAUAGAAUCGAUUUGGUUACAGGAGCCGUAUUAAAAUUAUGCAGAACAGACGGAUCUGUUAUACACGGUAUGCAGGAACUAGAAAUGAACGAAAAAUAUGUUGCUGUUGGAAGAGAAGGCUUUAAAAUGGCCAAUUAUGGCAGUCAUGAUAGCGCACCGUUUACGACAUCUCCCAGACUUCAAAAAAGAAAACUACCACCCAUUAAUUCGAGGAGAGCUAGAACGUCUGAUAAUUCGGCCGCGUCUAAUCAAACAGAAGAAACUCAAAGAACAACCCAAUCAGAACCCCCUUAUGAUCGCAAUAAUAACAAUAAAGGAUCGAGAAAACCAAGACAAAAACGACCUGAAGAUGACCUUUUCCAUUCGAAACCUGUCAGACCAAAAAGAAGCCCUGAAAAGGUUAGGGAGACUGAUUAUGACAAAGAUGAGGGAGGAGUGUUUAAAGCUAAGACUUCGGAUAAUGAACAGGAAAAUGCUAAUGCCAUAGAAGAGAAUGAUGAAACUAGAACGGAAGUUCCGGUAGAUCAGCAGACGGCUGAAGAAGUUGAGGAUGAGCAAGUGGAAGAACAGAGGCAAGCUUCUAGGAAUGACAACGCUAGAGAACAAAAGGACGAUAUCGACGAUGUUGAUGGAAGAAACAAAGAACAAACUGCAGACAAGCCAGAAGAAUCAAAUGAAACUGAAGAAUCCCCUCCAGAGCAGGCCGAAAAAACUAAUGAAAAUCAAGAGAGUGAAGUCGCUAAAGAUGAGCAGCAGGAAGAAUCAAAAGCAGAAGCAGAAGCGGCGGUAGAGCCAGAGGCAGAAACUGCAGAAACAGAAAAGAAGGAAGAAAAAGAAACCGAAGCAAAUGACGAAGAUGAUAAGACAAAAAAUGAAGCUGCAAUAAAAAUUCAAAGUACUUAUCGAGGCCACGCAACGAGGAAAAGCUUAAAGAAUAGUAAAGAAAAUUCAGAGACGUAUGAGGAAGAUAGUAAGGAAAUUGAGGAAAAGGGGAAAGAAGAGAGGGUUAAUGAGGAAAAUGUUAAGGUUAAGAAAGAUUUAGAAAAUGUAGAAAAGAAGGAAAAUUUAGACGGAGAACAAGUACUCAAUUUAGUUGAGAGUGUCGCGGAAGCAGGUUAUGUAAUAGGAGGAAUUAUUGAAAAUUUGGCCCAAGGACAAGAGAAUGAAGAUGACCUAAAAUUACGUAAAAACGAUGUUGCAGCUGACAAAAAUGCUACAGUUGACGAAAAAGAUAAUUUAUCUACAAAGGGAAUUAAUGAGGCUGUAGCCGAAGGGGAUGAAAUACACAAAAAUGACGAGACGAUACAAACAGAAGAAAAUGGUGAAUCGAGUCUAGUCGAUAAUAGUCAAGAAAUAAACGAACCGGAUAAUAUGGAAGAAAGGACGGAAGACGAACAAGAGAGACAUUUAGAAACCCAUCUGAAUGAUGUAGAACAGGAUGAAUAUCUUCAAACUAAUGCAAUAGAUAACUUAGCUGCGGAUCAAGAAAAUAGACACAAGUUGUUAGAGAAUUCGGAUGAGACUGUAGACGGGGGAGAUGUAGUUGAUAUGGGGGGAAAUAAUGACUUGGUAGAGAAUUCUAAUGAAGAAGAAAAAGAAGAAGCAGAAGCAGAAGCAACCAACGAGGUAGCUGAACAAGAAGAUGAUAAUAUAGACGAGGACGAAGAAAAUGAGGUAGAACAACAUGAUGAUGUAGAAACAAAUGAAAGAGAUGACGGGGCCGAAGUUGAUGUCAAAGAUAAUGAUAUAGAUAAGGUUGAAUGA